AAAGCCAGGCGUCCUUUGGAAGACCGGUGCUGCAUUAGAAUUAGAAUUCCUUCUGGACAGCAUGUGCUGCAACAGGAAGUCUACCAACGUGUGAGAUGGAACAGCAUAUUCCCAUCUGUUGCUGGCCAGCUGUCCUGUACAUACCCCUCCUUUUCAUGAGAUCAGCCUGACAGCAGUAGUUAUGCUCUUGAGCCAUCACGCAGCUGAGCUGCAAACACGAAUCACAAGGGUCCAGUUGGAGAAGAGACAGAGACCAAAAAAUGCCACCUACAACAGGAGCGCCAGAUUACCCACCCCCUGAUGGAGGCUGGGGAUGGGUUGUGGUCUUUGGGGCUUUUAUCUCCAUUGGAUUUUCCUAUGCCUUCCCCAAAGCCAUCACAGUGUUCUUCAAAGAAAUACAAGAGAUCUUCCACACAUCAUAUAGUGAGAUAGCUUGGAUAUCGUCCAUAAUGUUGGCUGUCAUGUAUGCAGGAGGUCCCAUAAGCAGCAUUUUGGUGAAUAAGUAUGGUAGCCGGCCUGUGAUGAUAGCAGGGGGUAUCCUGUGUUCUUUUGGGAUGAUUGCAUCCUCUUUCUGCAAUAGCGUCCUUGAACUGUACAUAUGUAUCGGUGUGGUUGGAGGUCUGGGUUUAGCAUUCAACUUACAGCCUGCCUUGACCAUGAUUGGCAAGUACUUCUAUAAGAAGCGUCCCAUUGCUAAUGGAUUGGCAAUGGCUGGAAGUCCAGUGUUUCUGAGCACAUUGGCACCUCUCAAUCAAUUCCUCUUUAAUGCUUUUGGCUGGAAAGGAAGCUUUCUUAUUCUGGGAGGACUUCUUUUGAACUGCUGUGUGGCUGGGUCACUGAUGAGACCUGUUGGACCGAAAAAAGUCCCUCCUGUGAAAAAAGAUGUUGAAAAAGGCACAGGAGAUUCUGCUGUGCACAAGAACAACAAGAAGUCUUGUUGGCAAACUAUGAAUAAGUAUCUAGAUCUGUCCCUCUUCAAACACAGAGGGUUUCUGAUAUAUUUGUCAGGAAAUGUCAUUAUGUUUAUUGGUUUCUUUGCUCCAAUAGUAUUCUUGGCUCCUUAUGCCAAGCAUAAGGGAAUUGAUGAAUAUUCUGCUGCUUUUUUGCUCUCUAUCUUAGCCUUUGUAGACAUGUUUGCUAGGCCUUCCAUGGGACUUGUAGCAAACUCCAGGUUUAUCCGGCCAAAGAUUCAGUAUUUUUUUAGUUUUGCUGUCUUGUACAAUGGUGUCUGUCAUAUCUUGUGCCCUCUGGCAAAAAAUUACACUGGCUUGGUGAUAUAUGCUGUAUUUUUUGGGUUUGCAUUUGGAAUGGUUAGCAGCGUUCUUUUUGAGACAUUGAUGGACCUUGUUGGAGCUGCCAGAUUUUCCAGUGCAGUGGGACUUGUCACCAUUGUGGAAUGUUGCCCUGUGCUCAUAGGCCCUCCUCUAGGAGGUUGGUUAGUAGAUGUUACUGGGGAAUAUCAGUACAUGUAUUUUGUCUGCGGAGUGAUUGUGACUGUAGCCAGUAUCUGGUUGUUCAUUGGCAAUGCCAUCAACUACAGGCUUUUGGCAAAAGAAAAGAAGUUAGAAGAUGAGAAGCAGAAAGCACAGAAGAACGCCGACCCAAAGGAAGCAGAACCAUUAACAAACAAUGAGAAUGAAGAUGCUUCCAGCAGAGCUGAUAAAGCUCUUGAAGAUCCAUCAGAAAGAGAAACCAAUAUUUAAUCUGAAAUAUUGCUCAGAAGGCAACAUUUAUGACUUCCAUUAGGAAUAUGUCUUCAAGACACAGGCCAGGUUUUGUGGUAAUAAUGAUCAGUCACAAUAUUGGAUGGGAAGAGAUUUUUUCCCUAUGGCAAGACUCUAAGCUAAAUUACUAUCUACAGCUUAUUUGUUUCAGCGAUACAAAAUUAUGAUUAUAGAGGUAGUGAGUCAAUGCAAAUAAGUCCAUUAAAUUUUGACUCUGGUCAAUCAAGAGUCAGAUAAACCAGGCUAUAAAGCCUUCCAAUGACAGACAGUUUUGUUUCAGAAGUAUAUCUAAUGCAAAAGUAUCUCCUGCUCUUAUUUGGGAAGAUACUUGCAUUCAUCUUUACGAUGUGUUUAAAGUCUGUUGAAAUAAUGUGCUCAAACUGUACUUACCACUAAUAUUAAACACAACAUAAAGUCCAAGAUUUCUUUCAAAAAAGACAUAAUACCUUACCGAAGCACAUUGACACAUUCUUCCCUCUUGUACACCCACUAGAUAAAAAAGAUGUCUGCAUAGGCGGUUAUGGAUAUAAAAGUUAAGUGUAGGAGACAAAUUGGUGGACACACCUCUAAAAUACAAUAAAAAGCUGAUUUAUAACUUAUUCCAGAAGUAGUUUCCUCCAAUGAUAGCUGAUUACAUAGUACUUCAACAUAUACAUUUGAAUUCAAACUAGGUUCACACCUUGCUAAUUCAAACUGUGCUAAAAUCUAAAUCUGCCUGUACAUAAAAGGUUUAAACUCAAGAUUUGCAUUUCUGACAGGAGUGGCCAUCAGUUUGUUUGACUGUGUAUUCCUGUGUAGCUGAAAUAUCUGGAUCAGACUGUGAAGCCAUUUUCCUAAAGGAUCUAGAUUUAUAAUCCGCUGAUGUUAAAAGAAUACUAACCCUUGGCUUUUAAGUGGCCUUUAUAUUCGUGACAAUGACUUCAAAGUAGAUGCUUGGCUUUAUUGACAAGUCAUUAGUUGUUUGAUGGUUUCCUGAGAGAUUUAAGAUCUAACUUCAGAUCUUUGCACACAGGUAGCUUCAUACCAGUUCCCACUUCCUUUUCCCUGGAAUUUAGUGAAAAGUUACUUUUUUUUUUUUUUUGGUAGUGCUGCUUUGAGCAGAAAUGCUGCAAGGCACCUUGACAAAGCCAGUAUGGAAGCUUUCUGUUGACACAUCAGUUUUAUGCAGGAUGUUCAACCUUGUGUCUACAAUUUCACACAGACCGUCAUAUAAAUUAAAAUGGACAAUUCUCCCUAUUCCUUUAGACAAGAGAAAGCAUAAAUUUACAAUUUUACAUUACAGAAAUAAUUUGAAAGUUAAAAGUGCAAGCUUUUGAAGGUAAUAUGAGAAAUUAUUUCUGAUCUGUUUCUAGGUAAGGAAAAGUGCUAUUUAUUUUGGAGGGAUGCUUAUAAAUGCCUCAAAAAAUGUGAAAAUUAAGGGUCUGAUUCAUGAAACAUUUAUGCACUGUUUAUACAGGAUACACCUACACUCAGUUCCAGGAAAAGAAAAUUAUUCAUUUUAGUCUUCUUCUAAAUCUCAAAAAGUUGGAAAUAUAUUGGACAGAGAGAUAACUGUGAUAAACACACUUUGAAGUGCCAAUAACAAAAUUAAAAAAUCAGUAGUAAAAUCUAGUAGAUAUGGGAGGGCUUUUAAAGAAAGUUACUUCUUAAUAUUAUUAUGUUCAAUAUUAUUUCAAUUUCUUUUCUAAAAAUGUUGAUAGUGCUUGCUUCUGUUUUGCUGGUUUAUCAUUUUAUAAAGUUCCACAGUAGUGCUGAAUUUUUUUAUUUUCUCAUCACUGUUUUGGGGAGAAACAUCAUGAGUCUACUUUCAGCAUGGUACAGAAUUUGAUACCUACUUUUUACCUAGUUAUAUUCAGGAAAACAAAAUUUCUCCAAUAAAUCCUGUAAAUUUUCAGGAGCAUCAGAAACAAAAUAUGUGCAUUUCAGAGUUUUGGGAGAAAACACGGGUUGCAUGUUCAGAUUUGAGCCAUGUAUUGUGUAAAGGGGAAUGAUUCAGUCCCAGUAAAAUUGCAGUUCCUCUCACAAACCCCAGCUUCAGAGAGGAAGUAAAUACGUCGCGCCUCACUCUGAACCUUAGCCUUGCCAGCACCCCAUGACAUGAAAGCAUUGCUCUCUUUUUGGCUAUACAAACAUACUGAGUGAACUCCAGGAUCUGUGAAGGCCUUGUGUGCCCAUAGCCAGAAAGUGUUGAGCUUCAUGGGCGCUAAGCUUUAAUGCAGUGAGGAUUAUCAGUUAUAAAUACUUGUGAAAGAUGAACUGAAAUUUUAGCUGAGGAGUAGUCACCAGGAAUAUCACUCUGCUCUUGACAGCCAUUGAUAGAAAGGCAGAGAUUAUUUGAAAAGUGAUUAAUACAGGAGCUGAACCAAAAUGUCUGAGGUAAAAUUGUUGGUGCUUAUUAUCUCUUUGCAAAAAAAGCAGCAUGAUUAGGAAUACAGCAGGGUAGAAGACAAAAAGUGUCAACUUUUGACUGAAGGCUGCUUAAUGUUGCUGUUGAGUAAAUAAAGGAUUCAGGAAAAUGAUGAUAAAAAAAAGUCUCUCAGGAAAUAUGCAGGCAACUUUCCUCUUCUGUGCAGGAUCUCAGAAUACAAAACAACACGGCAUAGGAAAUAAGGGAUAACCAAAGUUCCUCGAGCCAUAGACACACCUGACCACCAGUAACAAAAAUUAUGUUACUAUCUCAGAGGAAAUAAAAAUCUCCAUAAACACUCUACAGAGAUGCUACUCUUUCAUCUCUGGUCAAUUGUGUUAAAAGCUAAUAGGAGUGCAAGAGCUGCUUUACCACCACUCACCAAUGUGCAGUUUUUAAUCCCUUAAGGCAAAAUGAUGUGGCAGGCAACUAGAGCAAUAGAAAGUAGGAAGAGUCAAGUUAAACAUUUCCUCACACCUCUUUCAUUACUCUUUCUCUUAGUAAUAGCAACAAAAUAAAACUCAUCAGCAUACUCUUGAUACUAUUUAAUAUAAAAGAAGUUAAAACCAAGAGAUAAGUGAAAAAAAUUGGAACCAUAUCUAUGCAAAAACUGCCUGGAAUUAAAAACCUGUGUCUUCCAAAUAAGAGGUCCUAAAGGGGAAAUUGCCUAGUAUAGGUAGCUCUUAUUUCUAAAAGUAAUGUUAAUAGUAAAUUGCCUUGAAUCAACUUUAUUCUGAGCACCAAAGUAGCAAAAUUAGUAUAUCUUGCCUAUAAACUACUGAAUAUCACUCCUACUUGCACUGACCUCUAAUUUGUACUGUAAAUCAUCUCAUCAUCACAUUUCUGCUUUUGAGAUUAUGCCUGGGUAUAUACAUAAUCUCUCUAAAUUGUUCUGGUUUCUCUUAAUUACCUCACCUUCAGUUCGAACUACAGGACUAAGACAUUCCCCUGAUGAAGAAAUGUACUCAAACUUCCUGACACAUGCAUAUCUUAUGCAGUCUAAGAAUCUGUAGUCUCAGUCAGUGCAAGCAAAUCCUUAAUUGGUCUUAUUCUCAUUUAUGCUCAUGUAUACUUCAUUAUUUUAAUAUCUCUGCCACAGUAUUGCUAAGCUUGAUUACCCUUUUUCUCUUCUGGAAAAGGCAAUGCCAAACUUUUAAAACUAGUAGGAAGGUAGAUAGCAUCAAUUAGAUUUUCCCCAAUUUAAUAUCAGGGUUAGAUUUCAAGUUGUUUUAAAGUACACAUCCAGAUGCUUGGGUUUUUCAUGUCAUACACUCUUAGCUGGAGAAUUCUUCUGUAUUGCCCUUUCCAACACCAUUGAAAGACUCCCCCCUAAUAAUUCUCAGUACUAUUUCAGAAACAAUUUCACCCCCCCCCCCCCAUCUCUCCCCAUUCAACUGUGGUUGCAAUUUUUGUUAGUUCUGUAUUUCCAUGAUGUUCAGAAAAGCAUUUUUUUUUUAUAUGAAAGACUACAAUGCUAUAAUUUCAGGAGUGUGUUUUGUGAACUGUUUAGACAGAGCUAGGGAAAAUCUUACUUCAUCUUCAAAUAGAUUUUUUAAGUGACACUGUCCUUAUUGAGAGGAAGUUCAGCUUUACUUACUGCUGAAGUGAAUGGCAGCAAUUUCAGUCAUAUUGAUUCAAAAUUCACAUGAAUUUUAAUGGUCUUAUUGCAUAUCAGCAUCCACUGUGCUUAAAAAACAUUUGGCAAUGUGUACAUGAUUGUUCCCCCUAGAGAAUUCUCAUUCCUUUUCAAUGUUCCCACCUCUCCACCACCCCCUACUUCAUUUUGAUGUAACAUAAAAAAUUUGGAGUGAGUAUGUAGUGACUUAUCUUUAAUUCUUUCUUCUGGUUUUUCAUGAAAUGAGACAUUUGCCAUGUUGCCAAACACAGCAUUUUUCACUUGCUUCUUUCAUAUCUAGUUGUGAAUAUUAGUGGAGAGAUAUUACUGGGAUAUGUAAGUUACAGAUACCACAUGCAGCCAGAUUUUGGACUGCUAUCAGUAUUUCACUAAACAAAGCCAGUCACCACUUUGAUAGAUGAACAUGCUAUACAUGACACUGACAAUUUUGCCUAUAACAAAAUUGAAUAAGGCUUUUUUUGUUCAUUUCUCUAUAGAUGACUAUUUUUCUACACACAGAGAGGAAUAUAAAGGGAAUUUUAAAAUAAUUAUUUUCAGAGAUGGCUUGCCAGUUUUAACAAGGUUGUUUGGAUUUUGGGGGGGGUGGGUGUACUUCUGAUAUUUGUGCAAAUAUAUAUAUAAUGAAAGUGCUUGCAUAUACUGUCACAUUUUUGGUCAGAAUUUGCAUAAGCAUUGCUGUGUGAUUUCAACAUAAUUUGCAUGUUGUACUUUUGCAGUUCAAAUUUUUCUUGUCUACCUCUCAGUUGAAGUUUGGAGACUUGCACAACCCUGAAAGAAUAGUUAACAAAAUGCAUAAUGGUAAUACCUGUACAGACUAAUAGAAAGUCUCCCAGAUAUUUAAAGCUGCUUACACUGCUGUUUUCAAGACAGUGCAUCUAUGACCAUGUCUUUGUAUCAGUUGCCGUAUCUUUAUUCUUAACCCAUUAACUGUGAAGUUUUUGCAUCACUGAUGUGGUGUAAAAACUCAGCGUGUCAUUUAGGUAUACAUUCUAUUGAUCUUUUUGUGAGAUGCUGGCCAGCUUUUCUUUUUUGUUUUCUUACCAUUUCUGAGUUAGGGAAAUUAACAAAGCUAACAUAUCCAAACAGUUUUUGAAAUUAUUACAGAAAAUUUUGCAUUUUGCAUCCCUGAAAAGAAAUCGUGUUUCUGAUUUAGAAAUAACAGCAGAUUUUAGUUUGCUUUUCUUUAUAUGUGGCAGUUGAAGGAAGUAGUCACAAAAUAUUAGACUGGGGCCAAGGAAUGAUGAUUAUUCUUCAUAUUCUCUUUACAAAACAAGAGAUGAUUGUUCCUUCAAAGAUAUUCUUCAAACCAUUCUUGCCUUCUAGGACAUUGUACAAAGUCCACUAAAGCCAACAUAAAAAUACCAGUCAACAAGCUUUAUCAGACAUUGGAUGUGAUGUGGCUUCAGUGCUGAUCUCAGCCUUAUUUUCUCCAUUCCAGAUCUCAGGACUGUCCGAUAUAACACAGCAAAUGCAGGAUUUGUUACAACUGGCAAAUUUGCUGUGCCUGCAUAAUAUUCCUAAUGAAUCAGUCCCUAAAUUAACGCACAAUAUGUAUUAUUUUAAUAGUAUAUGUAAAUAGAUUAAAAAAAAAAAAAAAAAAUCCCACCAUACACUCUGAAUGUAGAUUAUAAAAUACAGAGGAUAUAUUUAAAUAAAUAUCCAAACAAGUCUGUUAAUCCCAAAGGAAAUUAUCUAUUUCCUUUCAAGCCUUCUUUGAGCAGUUUAUAACUUUCAUUUUUCUUAUUUCCAGAGAAAAUGGUUUAUGUCUUCUGUGAAUGUAUAUAUGGACAUAUAUAAGGGAAUAUAUAUGCAGAUGUGGUAUGUGUGUAUAUAUGUAUUCCCCUAUAUAUAAAACUCUAAUUUAUAUAUAUUAUAUAUAUUUAUGUAUAUAUAAAAUAUAUAUAAUGUUUUAGAGUAAGUUGCAUAUUGUGCCUGAUAAAUAAAACAUAAUUGUAAGCAAAUAAAAAACUUCCAGAAAUGACAUAAAAUUUUGAAGCUUUUCUGUAAGAGCAUAUGCUAUUUUGCAGUUUCUACUAGAUUUAUUUAUUUAUAGUAGAAAUUCAUUCAAAAAGCUGCAGUAUUACAUAACACUAGUUUCCAACCAUGAGUCAGUUCAAAGCAGCCUAAGAUCACUGAGAAUGUUCAUUGAGAGAUAUGGCAAAACCUACAUUGUUGGUGAAUUUGUUGGUGGGGUGUCAUUGCUGUGGAAAUAUUAGCUAAAUGAUCUCUGAACAGACUGCAACCAAUAUACUGAGUUUUCAUCUAAUGUGAUACGUAUGACCUGUUCAUCCAAAGUGUUGGUGGACAAUAUUCUUGUAACAAGUACGGAAAGUGAGAAUACUCAAGAGCCUGCUAAGAAUAUUCCUGUUAGAUUAGUAUGUGGAAUUCUCUGGAACACUAGUCAAUAAAAACACUGACAAUGUAUCAUA